AUGCUUCGAGACAGACUGGUUUGUGGAAUCGACGAUAGAAAAAUACAAGCAAGAUUAUUGGCUGACGGGAACUUGGACUUUAAGAAGGCAGAAGCAACGGCACUGGCUAUGGAGGCAGCAGCGAGGGACACUCAAGACCUACAGCUGGCGGGGGAGCAGCGAGGAAACCACGUGUGGGGGUCAACAUAUGGAUCCAGACUGUCGUUUUCGCGCUCUACCUGCUACGUAUGCAAGAAGGUGGGGCACUUGGCAAGGGUGUGUCGGAGCAAGAGUAACAAGAACAAUAAGAUGCAUAAGAUCGAGCAUGGUGCCAGUAAUGACAGUGAAGACUGUUGUGUGGAGGAAUAUGCUAUGUAUACAGUGAGUAAGUCUCGCGAUCCACCUGUUGUUGUUCACCCAAGGUUAAACAAAGUUAUGGUGCCCAUGGAAAUAGAUACCGGUGCUGCAGUGUCAGUCUUGAAUAAGGAAACGUACGAGGAAAGUUGGAAAGGAAAAUCAAAACCUGUGUUGAAAGUUUCUGAAGUGGUGUUGCGCACGUACAGUGGUAGUAUGUUGAAAGUACUCGGGGAAGUGGAGGUGGAGGUGGAGUAUGGUAACCAGCUAGAGACUCUGCCGUUGGUGGUAGUUGAUGGAGACGGCCCUAAUUUGUUGGGACGUAACUGGCUACGGAAAAUAAAGUUGGACUGGGGUGCGGUUUAUAAUUGUAGCACGGACUGUGAUAAUGUCAUUCGAAAAUUUGAUAAAGUUUUCAAGGAUGAACUGGGUCUCAUCAAGAGCACUAAUGCAGUUUUCUACGUGGAUAAGGAAGCCUCACCCAGAUUCUUCAAGGCUCGUCCACUUCCCUACGCCUUGAAAGAGAAAGUGGAGUUCGAGCUGGAACGACUUUUGAAGCAAGGUGUGAUUGAACCUGUGCAGUUUUCGGAGUGGGCGGCGCCUAUCGUCCCCAUAGUGAAGGUGGAUAAUUCCAUACGCAUUUGUGGUGAUUAUAAGUUGACCGUAAACAGAGUUUGCAAAGUGGACAGUUACCCAAUUCCAAAAAUAGAGGACUUAUUGUUGCAAAAAGAAGUCAAGUGGCAGUGGGGGCACAACGAGCAGCGAGCGCUGUCCCUGUCUAAGCAGCUGUUAGGGAGCUCCCGAGUACUGGUGCACUACGACAGCAGCAAGUCGCUCUUGCUCACCUGUGACGCCUCUUCACACGGCCUGGGAGCAGUACUUUCACAUCGUCUGGAGUCGGGAGAAGAGAGACCGAUUGCAUUUGCUUCAAGGACAUUGGGGUCGGCUGAACGCAAGAAGUAUAUAACCAAUGCGGAUGCUUUGAGUCGUCUUCCUCUUCCUGAAGCUCCUAAGGAUACGCCGGUGCCAGGGGACGUUGUGUGUGUGCUGGAGAGGCAGGACAGGACGACAGUAACAGCGAAGGACAUCAGGCGGUGGACGGAGCGAGACCCUAUACUGUCUAUAGUCAGGAGGAACGUUCAGUACGGGUGGCCUGAAAACGUCACCGUGGAAGCACAAAACCCUUCUUUAGAAGGAAGUGGGAGUUAA